UUUGCGCUCGGUUGCAGAAUUUGCACGGAAACGGGCAACGACGGUGGCAGCAGCAGCAGCAGCAGCAGCAAUUGCAGCGCCUCCGACCUCUCCACGGGUGCGGUGAUCAGGCUGCAGCGCGGUGAGCAGCGGCCCAGAAAUCUGCAGGUCCUGUCAUUGGAGACCACCUGAGUCGCUCAGUGAUUUGUAUCUACCCAGGCAGUUCACAAUGUCUAAAAAAAUCCAUGGAGGAUCUGUUGUCGAGAUGCAGGGGGAUGAAAUGACCCGUGUGAUAUGGGAGCAGAUUAAGGAAAAGCUGAUCUUCCCCUACGUGGCUCUGGAUGUCCACAGCUAUGAUUUGGGCAUAGAGAAUCGUGAUGCAACCAAUGACAAGGUCACUGUGGAAGCAGCAGAAGCUAUAAAGAAGUACAACGUAGGGAUCAAAUGUGCCACAAUCACCCCUGAUGAGAAGAGGGUAGAAGAGUUCAAGCUGAAACAGAUGUGGAAAUCUCCCAAUGGAACAAUCCGAAACAUUCUGGGGGGGACUGUCUUCCGGGAAGCCAUCAUUUGCAAAAACAUUCCACGUCUAGUAUCUGGAUGGACAAAGCCUAUCAUCAUUGGCCGUCACGCUUAUGGAGACCAAUACAGAGCCACGGACUUCGUUGUUCCUGGCCCUGGAAAAGUAGAGAUGUCGUUCACCCCGAAGGAUGGAGGCAAACCUGUGACUUACUUGGUUCAUAACUUUGAAAGCUGCGGAGGUGUGGCUCUGGGAAUGUACAACCUUGACCAGUCCAUCAAAGAAUUCGCCCACAGUUCUUUCCAGAUGGCAUUGUCUAAAGCCUGGCCCCUUUACAUGAGCACCAAAAACACCAUUUUGAAGCAAUACGAUGGGCGCUUUAAGGACAUCUUUCAGGAGAUCUAUGAGAAGGAGUACAAGUCGCAGUUCGAAGCCAAGAAUAUCUGGUACGAGCACCGGCUGAUUGAUGACAUGGUAGCCCAGGCCCUAAAAUCUGAGGGAGGGUUUAUCUGGGCCUGCAAGAACUACGACGGUGACGUGCAGUCUGACUCGGUUGCACAAGGUUAUGGAUCCUUGGGGAUGAUGACCAGUGUCCUGAUAUGCCCAGAUGGGAAAACAGUUGAAGCUGAAGCUGCUCAUGGCACAGUGACUCGUCACUAUCGCCUGCACCAGAAAGGUCAAGAAACCUCCACUAACCCUAUUGCAUCCAUCUUUGCCUGGACCAGAGGUUUAGCUCACAGAGCAAAGUUAGACAACAACACAGAGCUCAAGAACUUUGCUUCCGCCUUGGAAGAUGUCUGCGUAGAGACCAUUGAAGCUGGCUUCAUGACAAAAGAUCUGUCUGCUUGCAUCAAAGGGCUACCUAACGUGAAACGCUCUGACUACUUGUCCACAUUUGAGUUCAUGGAUAAACUUGCUGAAAACUUGAAGACAAAACUAUCUUCCCAGCCAAGACUUUAAGAGAAGGCCUCAGAAUUGCUCUGGAGAUAAGAUUGCCUGCCUGAUGAAUGAAUCACACCCAUUUUGCACAGCAUUUCAAAAUAUGAGAAGAAAUCAACCCCAAAAUAGAAACUUGUUCAGAUUUUCCCAUCCCCCUAGGUUUCUUCGUGGGGGCAUACAGCACAGGCUUGAUGGCUGCCUCUAUGAAUGAAGCCACCCCACCCCUUAGGGAUAUGGGGAUGAGAAUGAGUUGUACUGCAAAUGUUUUAAAUAAUGGAGCAGGUUUUGUUUCUAGCUGGCUGUAGGGCCUUGAUGGACUAUGUAAGCAAUGCAAAAGAUUCUCCUAACAAACCUCUUUAAUUAAUGUAGUUUGAAACCUAACAUAGCCUAACAUAGGCAAGGUGCUUAAGAGGAUUUUACUUACCAGGGAGAAACUCUUAAUGGAAGGUUUACCAUGGUACAGUAGGGCAGAGGCUGUCACGUUGUCUCCUUAUGUUUGGUAACUGAGCUGAAGUGCAGGGAUGGUUCGUCUCCUGCUUUUAGCUGUAUGUUACGUUGCAGAUCUUCAAAGUGUCUUUCUUCAGCCAUUUGAACAGUUUUAUUCUGUCAUUUGGGAAUUAAAUAUUGUUCCAUCCA